AUGGCGUUCCGUUGGGCGCGCCGGUUCGAGCGCGCGUGUUGCACGACGGCCAAAUACUUUCCCUUGGCGUUUGUCUACGGGUUGACGUCGUGGGCGUGCUGGGUGGUGGUGAGCAUUGGGAGCGAGAGCGACGGUUCCCACUGGAGAGGCUCGACAUCCUCAUUCUUUGGCGUCUUACUCUACCUGCUACUCAACUGGUCCUACACGACGGCCGUCUUUACGGAUCCCGGAUCGACGACGAAUGACGACGGCUACGGUCUUCUCCCGACGAGCGGCGGCGGCCAGAGUCGCAUGGCGACAUCCUUCACAGUCAAGAGCAAUGGAGAGAUUCGAUUCUGCAAGAAGUGCCAGGCCCGCAAGCCGGACCGCACGCACCACUGCUCGACGUGCCGCCGAUGCGUGCUCAAGAUGGACCACCACUGCCCUUGGCUGGCGUCGUGCCUCGGGCUGCGCAACUACAAGCCCUUUAUCCUGUUUCUGGUCUACACAACCAUCUUUUCCUUUUACGCCUUUGCCGUCAGCGGCACGUGGUUCUGGACGGAAGUCAUGGACGACUCCAAAUAUCUCGACACGCUGCUGCCCAUCAACUUUAUCAUGUUGGCGGUCAUGAGCGGCAUUAUUGGGCUUGUCGUUGGAGCCUUUACAUCGUGGCACAUUAUGUUGGCGUGCAGGAACCAGACAACGAUUGAGUGUCUAGAGAAGACGAGAUACCUGUCAACGGUCAAGAAGACGCUGCAUCAAGCCCAGAACCUCGCCAAUGGCUUCCCACAGGCGAGGCAGUUUGUUGACUUUCACGCGAGCGCGCUGCCUGGCAUCACCACUAGGGAGGAGGGUGAGGAGCGGCGCACGCAGGAGCCAACGCCCCGGGUGCAAAUGUCAUAUGAGGAAUUGGAACGACACCAGAGCCGCAAGCGCUAUGAGGAGUACCUCGACGAGCAGGACUCGGAGAAGCUGCCCAACGCCUUCGACCUCGGCUGGAAGCGAAACCUGCUGCAUCUCCUGGGACCCAGCCCCUGGCUGUGGUUCUUGCCCAUCUGCAACACAACCGGAGACGGCUGGAGCUGGGAGGCCAACCCGAAAUGGAUCUCAGAGCGCGAGAGGCUGAGGAGUGAACGAGAGGAGCAGCGGCAGCGAGAGGUGAACGCUGGCUGGGGAUACGGAGGAGACAUUCCGUCGGCCACCGCGGACGUCACGGGUAACUACCACGGCCGCGGACCUCUGAACCCGGUCAAUGGUGGCGCGAGAAGAGCUCCGAGCAAGGCGGAUCGCAUUCUGGGUAGAGACCCGAACAUGUACGCCGACAGCUCGCAAGACGUGCCCAUGCGAAGGCUAAGCCCGCGUGGCCGCGCGGCGCCACCGGAAGAUGAUUUGCUGGAGACGGAUGAGGAGGAACAAGGCAAGUUCAGCCCCGGCAACGGCUCCCAGACGGCCGCCAGCCGGCUCGAAGCUGAACGGGUCGCCAUGAGCGUAGUGACCAAUACACGCUCUUGGGGUCGCGGCGGCGCGAGCGGAAUGUUGCGCCAUGGGAGUCAGCAAAGCAACAACAGCAGCCGAAUGGAGAGCCCGAGCUCCGAGGUGAAUGACGAUGGCGUCGACUGA